CAGGCACCAUUAAAAUGCAUGUUAAUAGAUAAUAAUAUGUAUUAAUUAUGAGUGCCCCAGAACGAGAAGCCUAUUAGCAGCUUUUUGCUGUAAUUGUAAUUGAUGCACUCCUUAUAGAUUUUCUGUUCGUUGAGCAGGAAUACUUCGAACGCAAAAGACUGCGUGCGAUAUCCGAGCCCAAACCCACCGACCCCAUCACGGGGGAUGAAAUGAAGACUAAAACGACAGGGAAACACAGAGCGGUUAGUCAAGACAUACUCUCCUUUCGGAGGCACAGAAUUUUCAGAAGUGGCACCGGGAGAGUCCAGACUGUGGAAUUACCGUUGUCACCAGAACACGGUACAUCCGAGUUACCAGUAACCAGUUCUCUUGAUCCAACAAAUAAUACAAACCGUCUUGGAAGCCUGCUUCACCCAGAACAAAAGAAAGUCCCUCAGACCAGCACAACAACAAAUACCAACACAAGCUCUCUGUUCAAUGGCAGCAUCAAGGGUCACUUGACAGUAACUGCUUCCAGGAAACAACCUGCCCACCUCGAACUAUUUGGGAUGCGAAUGGAAGCUCCUACAAGCCGAAGGAGAGACUUGAGUUCUCCUACCUGGACCUCUUCCAGUUUUAGUAUGAAUGAGGACACACGGAAAUCAAAGCUAAGUCAGAACAAGGUGCAGGCCGUGGAAAUUGCAGCUGUUAACCCAAGUGCUGUCUUCCAAUCUAGUGAGGUGACGACCUCGUUUGUAUCCACUUAUUCCGAUAUGCAAAGUCGGCGCAGUUCAUCCACCGGUUCAUACCUUUCUUCCCAGUCUUUUCACCCAAAUGUUUCCCUUUCAGGGAUGCACCACAGCUUUGAUGAAGACAGCUCACAUGACCUGAACGCAACAAAUGUUCCCAUAGGUAAAAUGUAUCGAGACUCUAAAAGCAUCCACCCAACACAACAGUCUUUCAGAGAGCUUUGUGACCUCGAGGAGUGCUCCUCCUACAGCAGUUUAUUGACGAAAGAUCCAACCGCAAGCCCCUAUUUGGGGACCACACAAAACAGGUGGGAGCUAAACGUUCCAGAGAGCAGCAUUUUUGAUUUCCCCACGAUUUGUAAUACCGAAAGAAACCAACAAUGCGAGUUGCCGAUGAUAGACGACUGUAUCUCUGAUGCUGACCAAGGACUUCCACGCCGAUUGUUAUUUCAUGUUGACGAGGGAAAUAGCGGCAAUAUAUCAGUAUCGUCACCUUUCAGAGAAGUGCCGCGACCAGACAGCUUCUGCUCGCCCACCUCAUUUUUUACGCUGCCAUUUGAUACAAGUAGUAUCCAUCAUGGGAUCACUCAGACAAGAAUAUCCAAUGAUAAUAAUAUGCAACUUAUGACCCAAAAUCAUAAUGACUUUUUUGACUCACCUUGUCAAAAUGCUUACGACCCCACAGAAGGGCUAGAGAGAAAUUUUAGUAAUUCAGUUCCAACAUUUUCUCUGGCUGGUCGAAAUUCAUUCCCUUCGAGUGUUGUCAAACCAAGCAGUUAUUUUUUCUCUCCCAUUCUCAGUGAACCAAAUCCGACAUUUUGCCAUGCUAACUUCCCUAUCUUAUCGAAGAGUCCAGAAAAGGAUCUAUGUACGGAUCAAGCCAGAGGAUCAAAACUAAAUCAGGACAAGUGCGCUGUCUCCGCAGUGUGUCUAAACAACGGCCACGCUGGCAUUCGACAGGGACUGCAAAAUCAUCAGGACCGGCUGGUGCCAGUUAUUGAGGAAUGGCCAGUCCCAAACCAAGAGAACAGUGAACGGGGACCAAAAGUUAAAGAUCAAACCACCGUGGCUCAGACUGCAGACCGAGACCGUUUGUCACCUAACCUGCCUGCUACCACCACCACCACAUACCACACCUGGGUAGCGCCGAGUUCGGGCUGUAAGAAGACUCCGACUCCAACAGUCAGCCUUUUCCCUCCUAGAUGUUCUCAAACGCCCGUGGGACGUGAGCCAGAACAAACAGAGCCAGUAUUACCUCAUAAGAACGCUUCCUUUCAAGACAAAAAUUACUUUUCUGGGAACAAUGACAGCUCAUUAAGUAACAAUGAUAAAGAAUCUCUUCCCAAAGACUCGAUGGAGGGUCAAGACAGAACAAUCUUGCAUGACAAAAAGAAAACAGAUGAGGCUAAGCAGAGUCAACUGCAUCCCGCAAUAAACGAGCGAAAGGACGAAGACCAAGGAGCUCAAUCUCUGGGAAAUUGUGUCUUUCAGAGCUGUGGUGAUGCCUUUGUUAGUCCACGAAAUGUAAGGGGAACAACCUUCACUGCAAAGAUAGAUCAAAAGGAGAACCGAGAUCCAAUGUACAAGGCCGAGGUCAGCAAAUACGGACGAGUGUCGUGUAGCACCCAGACCACUCCGAAACUUCUCGUAGACGCUUCCUGCGGUACUUUGUUACCUUUCAAGAAAAGGGCAAUCAUGAAACAUGCAUCGCAUAAUACUGAUAUGGAUGAAGCUUUUGUCUGUGGUGCCGGUGGUAAAAACUAUAGCCUCAGAUCACGGUCAAAUAAACGGGACGACUAAUAAUAGUACGUGUACCGGUAAUACAUUUACUCUUUAGGGACGAAGACCUGAGUUUGAAGCCCGAGUGGGGAGGAUUUCUAUCGAGUAUUCUGGUUUUUCUGCUGGAACGUUAGUCACUUAGCCCGGGUUUGCCGCACCAGGUAGAGUCGAUUAUAAAUUACAUGCACAUGAACCCAUUUUUUAAAGUGCGCCAGUCAUUUAAGAAAAAUCAGCUUUAUUUAUUGUUAUCUUUUGUUUGUCUAAUCUAAUGUAGGCCUACCAUUUUAUAUCAUGCCAUAUGCCUCUAAAGCAAAGGUCUGUAGUUUGCUGCUUUUGUUUUGUUUUGGAAAUGAAUGCUAUUCCUUGUGUUGCUUUUUUAAACUGUGCAUUAUAGGCCUACUAGUUAGUUUUAAAGGAUAACGUUCAAUGUUAGUAUUGUUAUUUACAACAUGUAUGUGUCUUAUCCAGUGUACCUUCCUUUUAACUGUAUUUUAAUUAAGCAUUGCUUUGAGAAGGAAUAAAAUCACUGUCACGUUU